AUAGCCAUCCCCCCCGAAGUUGUAGCCUGAAUAAUAAAAAUCGGAUAAUUAUGAAGGAGACGGUCGAUCAAUUUUAAUGAAAUUACGCUCAUUCGACGCGUUUUUACACGAAAUGAACGAAUGUGGCAGAAAAAAGUAUCGCUCUGUUCCGCGAACCGAGAUCUUAAGCGUUAAAGUUUAGUAGACGAUUAUGGAGGUUAGAAAAUCUGUCAUACCGACUACAUGUAGCGCUAUGAGUAUGCUUUCUUCAUGCUCUGUGACCUCUUGCGCAUGCGUUUAGUCACUAUUCUGUACAGUAGUGCAUAAAAUUUAAAAUCAAAUUAAAAAAUGAAUGUGACUCGUGCAAUGUUUCUAUUAUGCAUAGUUCUAUUCCAAAUAAGUCAUAACCCAUGUAGACAGUGGGAUGUGUAGAUAGUAACGCUUGGGUUCGGGGCGGCGUAGCCGCCCCGAACAAAAAAGAAUAACAUAUCUUAGCCGCUUGAGGCCUAACCGCCUAGAAGUUACAGCCUAGACAGUGUCCGCUUGGAAUAUUCCUAACCCAUGAAGACAGUGAGGUGUGAGAAUAGUCUUUUUAGAGGCAGUAAAAGCCCAUUUGGAAUUUGUAGUGUAAGGAUAGUAUUUCUAAUUCCGCGUAAGAUUCAGACUAACCUCCAUAAUCAACUUUAACACUUAAUAUCUCGGUUCGCGGGACAGAGCGACACUUUUUUCUGUCACAUUCGUUCAUUUCGUGCAAAAACGCGUCGAAUGAACCUAAUUUCAUUAAAGUGACAUCGGCUGUCUCUUUCAUAAUUACCUAACUUUUAUAUAGACAUUGACGAGAUGGUAACAUGUGCAGCAGUCGGUUGUAAGAAUUCAUCUAACAAAGGUGUUAAAAUGAAUUGUUUUCCAAAAAAUGCUUAUCGCCGAAACGUAUGGAUAAGAAAUGCCAAACUGGAAAAUAAAAUAUUAAACCGCUCUGCAGCAUUAUGUGAGUUUCAUUUUACCUCAAAUAUGUGGGAAAAAAUACGAAUUGAUGGAACGAAAAAACUUAAGUGUACAGCAGUUCCAACAAUAUUUGGAGAAUUAGUAACUCAACAAAAAAACAAGAAAGCUAAAAUUAAUCAAAAUAGUACUGAUUUAAAUGGAAUUAAACAAUCUCAGAUAAUAAUAUCUAAGACAGAUUAUGAUGGUACUGUUACAAUAUCUAUAAAUAAUCCAAAAGAAGGACAGUGUAAAUCAGAUAAUCUUCUAUCUGAUAUUGAAGAAGAAGAAACAGUAACUCAAAUAAGCAAAAAAACUGUCGAAGAAAAAACAGCAGAAUUAUAUAGUGAUGGAAACAUUAUACAAGAUGACACAUUGAUUUUAAAACAGGAACCCAGUUUGGAUAAACAAAAUUUAUUGUAUAUGGAAAAAAUCAAGAAAUUAGAAAAGCUACUUCGGAAGUCAGAAUCACUACGAAUAAGUAUCACGGAUGUUUGACAAUACAUCACCUGGGAAUUAAAAUCCUUUUACAAAAUGUUUACGGACAUAACUCUUUGAGUGAUAGUAAUAAAUACAAUCGUUACUUUUAUUAAAACUUGAAGUAGCACUGGCAUCAAAUCUCUAGAGACGUAUCCUUCUCCUCGACACCUACAGCUGACAGAGCGGUCAAUGGAAGGGGUUUUUAGGAACGUGUGCAAACUAAAUGUGGAAGAGAAAGCA